AUGGCAUUGCUGGAUGCCGUGGUGCAUCCGUCCCAACCCCAAGGCCAUUUCGGCUACGGGCACAGGGACUGCUCCUACGGGCCACCUUUUUUGUCAGAUGCGACCGGCGGCUAUGGAGAUAGCCAUGUACCGUACGCCGGCGACUGGGACCCCUUCCUGCUCGCUUCCCUCGUGCACAAUGCCGAGGAGUGGGGGCAGGUGGUGGGCUUCAAUAAGGCCUCGCCGGAGCGCGAAGUGGCGCUGUCGUCGGCCAUUGAGCCGCCACCAUCAUCGCCGGUCACGAGGACGACCAAGAGAAAGAGGAGACGGGCCAAGGUCGUCAAGAACGAGGAGGAGAUGGAGAGCCAGCGGAUGACUCACAUUGCCGUUGAGCGGAACCGCCGCCGGCAGAUGAACGAGUACCUCGCCGUGCUCCGCUCCCUGAUGCCACCGUCCUAUGCACAAAGGGGCGAUCAAGCGUCGAUUGUUGGGGGAGCAAUCAACUACGUGAGGGAGCUUGAGCAGCUGCUCCAAUCCCUUGAGGUGCAAAGGAGCCUAAAGGAGCACACCGGCAAAAGCAAACCGUCCAAUCCCUUUGCUGCUUUCUUCAGCUUUCCACAGUACUCCUCCGCUUUCUCUGCUUCCCGCAGCGGCGCCGGCGACCGCACCAUCAAGGAGGACUCGUCGACGUCCGACGGGAGCUCCCUGUCACUGUCGUCAGUAACCGCCGACAUUGAAGCAAGCAUGGUGGAUGGACACGCCAGCGUCAAGGUUCAGGCCGCGCGGCGGCCAAGGCAGCUGGUGAGGCUGGCGGCCGGCCUCCAGCAGCUCGGCCUCACGACCUUGCAUCUCAACGUCAGCACGGCUGAUACCAUGGUCAUGUACGCCUUCAGCCUCAAGGUUGAGGAUGAAUGCAAGCUCGGCUCUGUGGAGGAGAUUGCAGCUGCAGUGCAUGAGAUUCUGGGGAGGAUUCAGGAGGAGGCUGGCUUUAGCUAG